GGUUCCCUUGAACCAUCCCAUCUCUCAAUCCAGUUUGUGCGAAUUUACGCUCAUUUUGUCACUCCAGCUCGUCAAUUCGACAACUCACCAAUUGAGCCAUCUGUCGUCGUACGUUACUGAAAACAUGAAGAUUAAUUCUGUCGCGAUUGCCAUCAGCACAGUGCUCGCAGGUUUCGCCUCGGCACAAAAUGGACUCCCAACCUGUGCACAAUCGUGUGUUACCCAAUACACGACGGGCUCUCAGAUCGCUGGUUGCGCCAGCCUCGAUAUCGCCUGCAUUUGCUCAAACUCUUCAUUUCUGAGUGGCAUCGCGUGUUGUUUGGCCGACGCUUGCAAUGCCGAGGAUGAGCAGACUGCGGUUACUUAUGCUCAGAAUCUAUGCAGAACUUCGGGCGUAACCAAUUUGCCAUCGGUGGUCUCGUGCGUCUCGUCCGCUAGCUCGACCUCGUCCAGCGCAGCAAGCAGUGCCACUGGAGCGACAGGCACAACAACUUCGGGUUCAAGUACAGCUUCGGGGACGGGCACAAGUUCGUCAAAUACAGCAACUGGAUCUGCGACUUCUGCGUCAGCUUCUGCCACAAGCAACGCGGGACUUCAAAAUGAAAUUGGUGCUGGAGCUGGCUUGCUUGGUGGAUUGGCAGUCAUAGUCGGGCUGUUGUGAGAGAUUACACGGCAUAUGACAAAGGGGUGGGGAGGAAUUGCUUCUGAUCCUGCAAUCAUGAUACGUUGACACACGGGGUCGAAUCUAGGUUUGUGGAGCAUAAAUCCAUGGCUAUAUUGAAUAAUUGGUACCUGAGACAAAAGCACUUGUUUCCCGGAAGACAACUGGGGCUGUUCAGGGAUAGGACGGAGGUUGCGGAGUUAUUAGUUCACUUCUAGUUUUCCAUACAUAAUACAUGAUUGCCAUGCUUCCAGAAGCUGAAUAAACUAAUAAUGCACA